CACCAUGAAUGCCUGUAGUUUGCCUGUGUCCAUUUCGCUGUCACUCCCCUGCGCUGUCCUACCAUGUAGUAUUAUUAUGCAUGAUGCUCCAGCGGCUGUCCAGCCAGUGGUGCUUGCGCGUAUAUAAAACACAUAAAACAUUAGCCUCCGCGUCAGUAAUUUAGUCCAUAUCAAGGGGCUCAGAUAGAGCCAUAACCCUGCCAGAAUUCUUCAGCUUCGCAUAGUGCGCAUCGAAAAGCCUGCGCCUUUUGGUUUUCGUCAGUUCAGCUUUCCCCAUUCACUACAAACCUCAACGCCCUUCAAAUCUGCAGUUUUUUCAAUUCCAUUCACGUCGAUUUGGCAGAGCAAGGAAACGAAGAACAGGGAAACAAGGACAUGGAUGCUUUCCAUGCUGUGAUGGACAAGGUGAAGGACGAGGUUAAGAGCCACCCAGAAGUGGUGGAGAAAGUCAAGGACGAGGUUAAGAGCCUUGCUGAUGCUCUCCAUCUGCACAGGCACCAUGGAUCCAAAGAUAAAGACCCUGAGGCUGAAGCGAAAGCAGAGGAAGGCGAGGCAGGCCAGAAAGUAGAAGGUGGUGCCUCCGCUGACAAGACUGAAGAACCUAAUGUGCUGGAGCAAGCGGUAGAAGAAAUUCAGGCUGUCGUCGCAGCCGUGCAGCAGCAACAGGCCACCCCCACAGCCGAAACUGAAACUGAAACUCCGACUGAGACGGCUGAAACUUCAGCUGAAGGAGAGAAGCCUGAAGAAACAAACCGGGAGGUGGAGAAAGAUGACCCGAAGAAGCGGCUCGAUUUCCUCGGCUUCUUCGCCAUGCUGUUUGAGAGGUUCUGCUCCCCUGCCAACAAGAAGAAAGAUUAAGUGACAUGCAGGUCAGGUGUGGAUUUCUCAUUUUGUGAUCUUGGACUUGGAGAAGUAAAUGGAGUGCAUGGAUUGUGGGUGGUGUACAGUUUGCAGUUGUAUGCUUUCUCUUCAGACAAAUCUGCCGUUGGUUUUUACUACCUUCUACCGUUCUACGGUGAUGGAUGCAUGGAUAUGGUUUAAUUGAUGUAGUUCUUGUCACCCUUGUGGAAUUGAUUUUAUUUAUAUGAACAAAUGAUUUAUUUUUAAGAGCUUUGCGUACCUCAACUGUUGUAAACA